CUCAAUUAUCUUACUGCCAUAAUCGUCAACUUUCAAAAAUAUCUGCGAGCCCUCAUUUUGUAGGUUUCCAUACGACGGGUUCCGCUUUCAUCAUAUCUUCGUUCUUGAGUCUUGAUAGAGACAAUGGCCUCACGUACAGGAUUAAAUGUGAUCAAGCUCCUAGGAUUAAAAGCCAGUCCAAACACAAACCGGGUUCAAAUAGCACUCAACCUGAAAGGCAUUCCUUACGAGUUAUCCGAGGAAGAUCUCUUCAACAAAAGCGAGCUACUUCUUGCAUCCAACCCGGUUUACAAGAGAAUCCCAGUUCUCAUCCAUGAAAGUAAUCCUAUUUCCGAAUCGCUCACCAUAGUGGAGUACAUUGACGAGGUCUGGAGUACUCAUCAUCAAUCAUUUAUCUUACCUGUCGAUCCCUUCGAUCGAUCCUUAGCACGCUUUUGGGCGUCCUAUCUUGAUAAUGUGUGGCUUCCGCUAAUUAAAAAGUUCAGAGAAGAUCCCCCAACUGAAGAGGAGGCCAAAAGAGGAUACCUAGACAAGAUUAAUGAAGGGUUUUUGCUGUUAGAGGAGGCAUUUGUGAAAUGUAGCAAAAGAAAAGCUUUCUUUGGUGGAGAUAAUAUUGGGUACCUUGACAUUGCCUUGGGACCCUUUUGGUCAUGGCUGCCUGCCGUGGAGACGUUGACCGAAACUAGAUUGGUUGAUGACACAAAAACACCCAACCUAUGCAGAUGGGGUCCGAGGUUUUUCUCACAUGAAGCGGUUAAGGAUGUGUUAUUAGGCCCUGAUCAGCUCGUAGAUGUUGUUAAAAUGUUUCAAGCUAAAGGGUGGAACAAGUCUACAAGGCCAUCAUGACACAUCAUCGUGUUUACCACUGUAUUUUGAUUCGAUAAACAAAUCUCCUUUGAUUUAAUUUGUUUGGGACGGAAGGAAUAGUACGUAAUAAAAGUAAUGGUUCAUGUAGUACAACUAUAUAUAUGUUCGUAUUUGUAUUGGUG